AGGGUUUGAGAGCCCUGGCCUAGACAUGGUCUGGGACAUCAGUGCAUCUGACGUUUCACUGUAGAGCUUUUUUGGUAUUGUCUAUCUAGCUAGGCUUACAUAAUUCAGCUAAUGGGGUCAGUGGCAGCCUUCAUAGGACCUAUUUCAUUGUGGCAGUAACCAGUUGUUUUUGCCUUCUCUACGGACAAGACAAAACAGUGUGGACCUGCCCCUUUAAGAGAAGAGGAGUUCCAGCUAGUUGAAUGCUGCAGAGUCAGAAUCCACAGUAGCCUACCUGCCAGUAAAAUAGAGCAUUCAAGAGCAGGAGCAGCAGGCAACUAACUGCACUUGCAUCACAACCACACGGUCGUGGACGGAGGAAUGGGGGGGUGUACAGCUAGUUAGAUUUCCCGAUAAGAAGGAAAAGCGCACUACAAUUAAGAUGGUGUCGUGGAUUAUCUCCAGGAUGGUAGUCCUGGCCUUCGGGACCCUCUACCCGGCCUACUCCUCAUACAAGGCUGUCAAGACGAAGAAUGUGAAGGAAUAUGUGAAAUGGAUGAUGUACUGGAUAGUGUUUGCGUUAUUCACCACAGUGGAGACCCUCACUGACUUGUUCAUGUCCUGGUUUCCUUUCUACUUUGAGUUGAAGAUAGCCUUUGUGAUCUGGCUCCUGUCUCCGUACACUAAGGGCUCCAGCGUGCUCUACCGCAAGUUCGUCCACCCCACCUUGUCCAACAAGGAGAAGGAAAUAGACGAGUACAUCACCCAGGCCAAAGACCGUAGUUAUGAGACUAUGAUGAGGUUUGGAAAGAGGGGGCUGAACUUGGCUGCUACAGCCGCCGUCACCGCAGCUAGCAAGGGCCAGGGUGUGCUGUCGGAGAAGCUGCGUAGUUUCAGCAUGCAGGACCUGACUCUGAUCAACGAUGGGGAGGAGCUGGGCCUGCGUUCCUCUGACCCGCGCAUGAGAAGAGACGCCAUGGACGACACAGUUACUGGAAGUAGCACGUUAUCUAACACACUGCCCCGCGCCAAAGCCACACGCCAGACUCGUUCCUCCAUGGUUCCUCAUCUUGACGAAUCGUCGCAGCACAGCUCGGACCAAUCAGACACCAGGAGCAUCACCACGGAGCAUUCUGACGAGGACGUCUUGGAGAAGGCCCCCGUAAAACGCACAGCCAGCGUCAGGGCAACCAAAAAACUUCCCGCUGCCAAGACAGAGACGACUACUACUACUAAGACGGUGAAAAAGAUGCCAAAGAAGAAGACUGCCACUACAGCUAUAGCCAGCAACAACGGCGAGUCACAAUGAUACCGGAAUCUACUGUCCCGAUCUACACCCUACUGUACGCUACUACACACACACACACACACACACACACACACACACACAGACACAGCCAAGGACCUCUGGACAGUCACUCUUGCCAGUUAAGCGCAACUCACAGGUUUCGUUCUACUAUAUAUGCCCAGCUUCAUUUCAACUCACAGGUUUCGUUCUACUAUAUGUAUGGCCAGCUUCAUGUCAACUCACAGGUUUCGUUCUACUAUAUGUAUGGCCAGCUUCAUGUCAACUCACAGGUUUCGUUCUACUAUAUGUAUGGCCAGCUUCAUGUCAACAGCACUUUUUAUUUAACCUGCUGCUUACAUUUGAGGUUGUAUAGUCAUUGACAUCAGUGUAUGUAAGUGCAUGUUUUGUUUGAGGUAAUGGCAGUGAUGGCCUGUUAACUGAACUGAAAAUGUGUUGCUUCCUUCCUCCUGUACUGUUUACAGCCUUCUGUCUUGUCUAUCCAAGGCCUCACACUGGAUUGACUUGACUUAAUCCUCUUGGUCCCUUUAGGAGCAUAGGGCAUCCACCCUGGCUCUUCAACUCACUCACUGUGCGAGGGCUUUUGCGUCUUGCCAGGAGAUUCCUGCUGGAUUAUUGGAGACUCAUUCUUUCUCAGGAUCAGCUUAAGCUGCCUGAGUCCUUAUGUUAUCCAAUGCUAAACUGGCCUUAGAUCAGUGUUUUAAGGGCAGCAUUCCAGUCAGCAUGUUAUCUACUCUCUAUUGGAAGGUAGUUUGAGGCUGCCAUGUAGGGGAAGGUACUAUAGCGGACUAGGCAUGUCUGGAGGAGAGAGCAGGGAGGCCAGGGAAGAGAGAGAGAGAGAGAGAGAGAGGGAGAGAGAGGGAGGGGUGCAAAAUAGUUGUGGACCGGACAGACUAGCUCUGCUCAACAUGUCCUUACUAUGGAGAUCAGUCUCACCGCUGUCUGUGGAAGUCUAUAGGGCCAUGCCCCUAUCCCCUUUGGGAAGUCUGUCUGUACAUGGAGGCGGUCUUGUCGUCCCCGGAAAGCGGAGGACAUUCUGGGAGCACUUAGAUCUCUAACUGUGUUAAGCUCAUGCCAAGGUUUCUCAUAUCAUUCACUCUGCUGUUGAGGAGCAGUGGUUCCCAUCGAGACUGAUAAACACUUGGUCACGCGCUGGCAGAGCGAUGAACAGAGCGGUGUGUGUGUGUUCUCCCUCUGAACAACUCUACCCAUUUCUCACUCGGUGCAGAACAGAAAGUCCAGCAGAAAGACCCACAGAUUCAGGCGUCAUUACCUUUUGUGUCUGCGUGUUUAUAUUUUUGGAACAUGACCACACUUCUGUUUCCCCCCCCCCCCUCCUCUCUGUUGACCCAACUGCAUAGAGACAGAAUGACAUUUAGCAUUCUAUGACCACUUCUAAUCACAAACAUUUAUUUGAUUCAUUUAAAACUCAGUACAACCACAUGUUGAUAAUGCGUUUAAAAUCAUUGAGGAUGACAACGUUAAUGGUCCUAUUUAAAUGACUCAAAUGUACAGACAGUACAUAGUAGGCCUCUGCUACACAGACCUAGCAUACUUGGGUUAACACUUUUCAAAGCGUGCACGAAGUGAAACAUUGAAAUGAUGGCGAUUGAAAAUCUGCUGUUUUUGGGAUGAAGUUGAGGCAAUUUGAGCUGGAAAGUCAUUGUAGGUUCAGAGGAGAGGGCAUCGACAGAACAGCCAAGGAGAAACGAAGGGAGUCUGAAAAAACAGGCCCAGAGCUCUACAACAGUGCGCACCACCUGCUUUUCUGAAUGGUCAGUCACUCGAUUGGAGUCAGGAAUGUAGCGCCCACCUGGGUGAGGCCACAGCUGCUGAAAAGCCACUAAAUCUUGACAGUGGUUAGGAGCAUUCCCUGAACGGUCCCUGAAUUUCCUCUGCUACCUCUGGCUACAAAAUGCAGUUCUUGCUGUAAUCCUUCCAAACGGAUUAAACAAAAAAAACGGAUUAUUUUGAAUCCAGACAAACCGCUAGCUAUCAAGCCAAAAGAUGGACUUUUCAUCACAAUCCUGCAAAUCUGAGAGUCAAGACCACAGGAUAUAGAGCAGUCAAAACCCACAAAAUAAAUACAAAUAUUUAGAGCUCUUUGCCUAGGCUAUGUUAUGAUGCCAUGGCAACCACAGAACCAAUAAUCAUAAUCAUCAUAAUAUUAUAACCAUCAAUAACAUCAAUGUCUUACACUGCAGCGCUUAGCCUAGCUAUACUGUACUCUCCUGUGUCUGACAACCAAACAUUUUAAUUGAAUUGUGUUAGAUUUGUGCUUUAGGGUUAUUUUUGGUUACUCUAAAUUGGGCGGACACACAGGACGUGUGGACAUUUAGCGUUAGUGGCAUCAGGGUGGUGUUGUGCCUUAUUAGGAAGACCUUCAGGCUGUCUGGCUCUUACCUGGGUGAGCACCCCAGUCUGACUGGUGAAAUAUCUGAGGGAUCAACUACUAUCAUAGUCCUAAAUUGUCACACUAGGUGUUGUCAACUAUUGUAGCCUAUAUGACUAAUGUCACACACUACUUAUAUUCCUGAAUAGGUUAGUUAUGCAUGACAUAUCUCUACUUCUGGGCCUGUAUCCACGAAGCGUCUCCAAUUAGGAGUGCUGAUCUAGGAUCGGGACCCUACCUGUCCGUAUAAUCAUAUCAAGGAAUCAAAUCUGAAGGGCCUAGAUCAGCACUCCCACGCUGAGGCGCUUUAAGGACACGGGGCCCAGAUGUCUGUUAAUCCAGGGUCUCGACCAUAUCGUUGUUUCUCUGAAAGAGAGCAGCUAAACUAGCAUAUCCUCGUCAUCUGACAGUAGCCACCUCAAACAUGGUGGAAACUGGCUUACCCUGUUAGAUGUAAGGAUACUGUGGAUAAAUGAUCUUCCAAUAGUGUCUAAAACUGUUAAAACGAUGUGCCCUGCUAGUGUUUUUCUUAAAAAAUAUGUAUACAUCCAUAGCAUACAGGUGGGUUUUUGGACGAGUGUUCUUUAGGGCAUCUAAUCAAAUGCCCUUUAAACUAUUGCCUUGUCUGAAAUCUAACCCUAACCUUGUCCCUACCCUCAGACACCUCCUUGUCAAUCUCUCCUAGAUACUGUGGUAGAGUGCAAAGGAUUGCAUGGGAUUAGCUAUAAAAAAAAUAUUAAAAAACCUGUGACAAGAGCACCACCUAGCUUCCUUGUAGAUUAGGUUGAGUUUCCACCAUGUUGUGCUUUGUCUAAUACCUAUCUGAUCCUCUCAUAUCCAGGACUGUGUUGGGUUAAUUUGAACGUAAGGAGUUGAUUUUUGGACUGGGCGUGCUUUAUGGGUUCCUUUUUGCUUUGGGCAGGUUUUAUUUGGAGUUCCCUUUUUAUUGAGUCUAAAUUGAAAGCAUGAGACUACUGCACUUGUGUGUUGCUGCUGUAUGCAGUGUGACACUGAUUUGAACCAGUAGUGGGAGACAUACUCCAACCGUUUUAGAGAUACUGAAGUGUUACAAGUUACUUCCAUGUACACACGAUGUAAAAGUAAUUUUCUGAUUGUAUAAAAUAGUUUGCUUGCCUUUAUUCUUCAUGAAUACAUAGGUUUUUUUUCUUUUUAAGACUUGAUUUGUAUUCUUUUUGGGUUUUAAAAUGAAAUCAUAUUGGAUUUCCUUAAGAGGAGGCACCUCAACCCCUCUGUAAAGUCUUAUGCUGUGAAGAGUGCUACUUGUGUUUUUUUUUUUUAAUCUCUUCUCGAUUUUUCUGUCUCAAGAAGAGACAUUUUAAUUGGUCAGUGAACGACCAAUAACAGUUGCUUUCCUUGUCCCAGUCCUGUAGGAAUUUGCUCAGAGAAUGGGAAUUUCUCAGUCUGGUAUUCCGAAAAUGUUGUGUUUUGAAGUCAUGUAGCCCGAAGCGGUCUUUUACAGUGUCUGCUCCCCCCUUUCUAUCAGGCUGGCUGCAUAUUCCACAAAGGCUAUUCGAUUGUGUACUUUUUUUCUGUUUUUAAUUUGCUACAGUUUGCACUGAAGAGAAGAUGGCCUAUUGAACGCUUUCUAGUUGUCAUUACAACAUUACUUGACAUUUUAAUGUUCAUUUCAUUUUUUUGGAUAUUUAUUUUUGGAAUCAGUAAUCAAUAAUCAGUAUUAUUGUGUACAGGAAGUCUCAUUGUGAGAAUAUUCUGGAUAUGAAUAUUGUUUGUGCCAAUUAUCAAUACUCCACUGUAAUUAAGGAUGAGUCAUAUACCAAUAACUGCUACUAAUAAAGAAAACAUAUUACACUCCUUA